AUCAGCUGUUCUAGGUCAGGGCUGAGCAACGCAUUCCCGCCGUGCGCAUGGGCUUUCGGCGUAUCGAAAGAAAUCUAUCGAAAAGCAAAUGUCAACUGGCCGUUAGGAGUCAGAACAGGUGUUCGGCGUUGUCAUUGCGUGUGUGCCGUCAGUCAGUCGGUCGGUCAGCCGUUCCAGUCCAAAACAAAACUUCCGGGCGAAGUCGCGUGUGUUCCGCGGCUGCAUUUCCCUAUUUCCUACGUUUGGUGCAACGAUUGCGAGUGACGGUUCUGUCGUUUCGAUUUUUAGUGAGUUUACGCGAGUGUCGGGACUUUUUGACGAUUUUCAAGUUCACGUAACGCGCGCGCGGGGUCGGUGAUUCACUCGUUCUUGUGUACUUUGUGCUCUUUUUGCGAAAUUGCUGGAAUAUCCACGAUGUCCUGGCUGGAUUUUCGCGUUGUUUUGAUAGUGGUGCUACUGACGCUUAUCUCCGACGAGCCUGUGCAGGCGGACGAGGUCUCAGCGGGGGAGAUUGUUGUUGAUGGAUGCCAACUAAAGGAGCCAGUCUAUGACUACACUUUUAAUUUGACUGCCUUAAAUUCUCUUGGACGUACCGUGCAUAAUGAAAGGGGUGACAGAAUAGAAUUUAACGUUUGCGGAGGAUUAUCACGGAGUUGCGGUGAUAAAACCAAUGUGGGGGCAUGCCUAACGAAAAACGACGGAAAAGCAUUUACUUUAGGUAAAACCAGUAAAUUGCACUACAAAAGUGGCAGAUUGUACUUCAGUUUUGUGGAUGGCGAAAAAUGCUCUGGUGAUAAAAAUUACACGUUAUAUUUGACUCUCAGCUGUGAUUACACAAUGGAUGUGUAUCCCCUGGAUGUGAUACCGACAGAGGAUUCGGAAUGUACAUUUUACAUAAAUUUAAGAACAAUUCAUGCGUGCCUACCAUUACCAGCAAAUUUAGAAUCGAACGUUUGUAGUGCAACAGACGACAAAACUGGACAUAAGUUUGAUUUGAUGCCAUUUAGUGAUUCAAAUUACAGAGUUUCAGACCGUGGAGGAUCGUAUUUCAUCAUUAAUGUCUGCAAGCCGGUAUUAUAUGGACAGGAUAGUAUGUGUCCUGCGGAUAGUGGUGUCUGCUAUAUUAAUAACAACGCAACGGAUAUCAAACAAAAGUUCGUUAACUACGGAAUUGCGUCACCAGCUCCAGUAUUUGAAAACGGUCAACUGUAUAUGAAUUUCUCAUCGAAUACUAAAUGCAAUGACAAAGAAAAUAUUUCGUCUGUAAUAUACUUUCUAUGCUAUCGGGAUGUUGAGCUUGGAAAUCCAGAGUUUAUAAGCAAAAAUGGAUGCAGAUAUGAAUUUUCGUGGUUGACUUCACUAGCGUGUAACUAUGUCCAGCCUUGCACUACUCUAGUCCCAUCGACUGGGAAAAAGUAUGAUUUCAAUCCGAUUGCUGGUGUUUAUAAUGUUACUCAGGGGGAUAAGCAUUAUAUGGUCGGCAUUUGCAAGGAUAUUGGAUCGCCUUGUUUAAGUGGUGAUGGUGCGUGUGAAUUGAAUAAUAACCAAGCGACAUCACUGGGAAAAUCCACGGUAGAACUGAAUGUGAAUGAAACAGGAUCACCUUUCGCUAUCUACACUUCAGGAUCGAAAUGCAAUAGUUCACAAAACUGGACAACAAAAAUUGAAUUCAUUUGCAGCAACAACCAGACAGAUCAAGGUCCCAAAAUCAUCGAGAACUCCAAUUGCGUACUAAUUGUCCAUUUCAAAACGAGUCUGGCCUGUCAAGAACAAAUUCUCUGCAAAGUGGUGGAUGCCGGCAGGACUAUAGAUUUAACGCCACUGAUUAGCACAAAUGAAAAUUAUGUGGCAACAGUCAACGAGACAGCACUGAAGGCGGAAAAUUCAAAUUCAGUGAAGUAUUAUUUGAACGUAUGUCGACCGCUUGUAUCGCAAUAUGGACUCAGUUGUCCUGGUGGGUCUGCGGCUUGCAAGGCCAUAGUGAAAGGAUCGGGAACGCCCGAGCAAGAGCAGAGUUUAGGGUAUCCAACAAGCUCACUCACUUUAUACAACUCCAAAGUCCAGUUGAAAUACAUUUACGGAGACAAGUGUCCAGCUGACGAAUCUGAGAAAAUGUCUACCAGAAUCGAUUUUAAAUGUGCCUUGGCCGCUGGAAGGGGAAACCCAAUCUUGCAGUCUAUAGUGAACAAAUGCCACUAUCAAUUCGAUUGGCUUACAAGUGUUAUAUGUCCGCCGCAACAAUGCAACUUUUUCACCGAUACUUGCAUUGCUACAAAUGUCGGAACAGGGAAAAGUUUCAAUUUUCGUAAUGCAAAGUUCACAAAUAAUGGCAUCAUUACGGUUGAGGCCAAACCCAAAUCUUUUGACAUCGAUGUUUGUGCUCAGAAUCAAACCGUUUUCGCUGACUAUUCGGAAAGUGUGGUAAAAUUAUUCUUCGUAACAACCGGGUCCUGCAAUAGUGGAGAUUUAUUGAACGUUCAGCUUCGAUUCGUUUGUGGGAUGAAAGAAACCAAUUCCACCGUACAUGACAAUGGUGCUUGCAACAUUAUCUUGACUAGACAAACACCUGAAGUUUGCGAUUUCCUUGGAUUGCCAGUGCAAAAUCCAGUUCCUACCCCAACCACAACACCAACACCGACAGCGGCGCCAACUCCAUCCCCUACGAAACCUCCUAUUACACAAACACCUUCUGCAACCACAACAAAUACACCAGGAACCCCUGGUGAUGGACAUCCACCAGAAUCGAAGAGCAGAAUGGUAACGGCAGCGGCAGUGAUAAUUACCGUGACUAUGAUAGGAUUUGUGAUUAUGAGCAUUGUUUGCUUGCGUGAUCCUGGCAGAAGGAUGGCUGUCAAAAACUUCUUCCGCAGAAAUUCGCCAGCGGUGCUAUAUAGAAGGGUCAAUACCGGAGAAGAAGCGAAUCUGCUACUGGCCGAAACCCAACCACUUACAGAUAGUGACGAUGAUUUAAUACUUUAGGCAACGUCAUUAAAAGUAGAUACUAUUGCAACCUAUAUUAAACCUUUACUAAUUACUAAAUGUUUCGAAAAAAUAUUAAAGAACACUUGCAUUGUCAUACGAAAGGUUCUCAUAAAUAAAGACACACUUAGUCCUAAGUGCCUACGAAGAGAAAGUAAAAUAUUAUAGACGUAAACCAAAAAGAAAUCGAAUGAACGAUAUAUAUUUUUGCUGUAAUUUUAUGCAAAAUUUCUAUGAAUCAGAUUUAACUUUGUAUGUAUGUACAUGUGUUUGGACCAUUAGCUUGCAUUUUAGUUUCUAUUUCAUUUUUAAAUAUUUUCGUAUCCAUGUAAGGUUAAUAAAUGUAAUUUCUGAGAACAGUGAAUUGUAUAAGUUUAUCCAAUAAAAAUAAAGAUGAAAAUGAGCA